UGUUUGUCUGCCUCCACUCCUCACAGUGCGGUGAUGCAUCCUAUGGUGAUUUCACCACGCCAGCUGUGCAGCUGUGAGUGAACGAGGACUAACCACCAUGAGCGCCGACACAGUCUGCAGGACAGAGCUGGACUCGGAGAACCACGGCGAGCUGGCCGACUUGGUGGCAGCCAUGAACGUGGCCGCCAACCACACGACCCCACCUAAUGGCAACAGGUCUGGUGCUCCGAGCGCCGCCAGGUUCUCAGGCAGGAAGAUGUCCCUGCAAGAGAGAGGAAGCCGCAUCGCCCGACAGCCCACCAUCGAGACCAAACGUGUGUCCAUCACAGAUGCUGAUGAUUGUGUUCAGCUCAACCAGUAUAAAUUGAAGAAAGAGAUUGGAAAGGGUUCAUACGGAGUGGUAAAAUUAGCUUAUAAUGAAGACUCUGAGCAGUACUACGCGAUGAAAGUGGUUUCAAAGAAAAGGCUGAUGAAGCAGUGUGGAUUUUUGCGCCGCCUGCCUCCUCAAGGAUCAAACGCUGCGUUUCCUCUGGAGAAAGUGUACCAGGAGAUCGCCAUCCUGAAGAAGCUGGACCAUCAUAAUGUUGUUAAACUGGUGGAGGUGCUUGAUGACCCUGAUGAAGAUGGACUUCAUAUGGCCUUCGAUUUGAUGACAAAGGGCCCGGUGAUGGACGUGCCUACAGACGACCCUUUCACAGAGGAGCAGGCUCGUUUCUACCUCAGAGACAUCGUCCUGGGAAUAGAAUACUUGCACUACCACAAGAUCAUCCACAGGGACAUCAAACCCUCCAACCUGCUGCUUGGGGACGAUGGUCACGUCAAGAUUGCAGACUUUGGUGUGAGCAACGAGUUUGAGGGGACGGACGCCCUCCUGUCCAGCACGGCGGGGACGCCGGCCUUCAUGGCCCCCGAGAUGAUGACCGAACACGAGCAGAGGUUCAGCGGGAAGGCAUUAGACGUAUGGGCGAUGGGAGUCACACUCUACUGUUUUGUCUUUGGAAAGUGCCCUUUUUAUGACGAAUACAUCAUCUCUCUGCACAACAAGAUCAAGAAUGACACUGUGGAGUUUCCAGAGACACCAUUAAUAAGUAAGGAAUUGAAAGAGCUUAUUGAGAGGAUGCUGGAUAAAAACCCUGAAACAAGAAUCACCAUUCCUGAGAUUAAGCUCCAUGCGUGGGUGACAGAGAGCGGCUCCGACCCUCUUCCUCUGGAGGAAGAGCACUGCACGGCGGUGGAGGUCACUGAGGAGGAGGUGCAGAACAGCGUCAAACUCAUCUCUAGUCUUUCCGCUGUGAUUCUCGUGAAGUCCAUGCUGAGGAAGCGGUCUUUCAGUAAUCCCUUUGAGUGUCUGGGCAGACGGGCGGAGAGGUCCAUGUCUGCCCCUGGAGGUCUUCUUACUGGCUCUUGGGGCUUAUUGGGGUCUUCGGCUCAGCUUCAUCCUUCCUUGAGGAAAAUCAGCAAAGAGGGGAGCAGAGAUGAGUUGGAGGACUUGUAUGAAGAUGAUACAUUUACAGAGUUAACAGAUUAAAAAAAAGAGUUAAGAAAAUGACUUGUUUUCUAUCUAUUUGUCCUGAACUCACCUCAUUUUUGCUUUUGCUUCAUGUUUGCUGUGCUUGUAUGCUUAAAUUAGUCUCUCACUUUAGGACAUACAAUUUAUAAUUGUGGUAUAUUUUAAAUAAGGAUAUAGAUGCAUUAAAGCUAGGGAUGGUAAAGAGAGUGGCUUUGGGACGGGCUGUGUGGCAGACUUGCCGACUUUCUUGCUAGAUUCAGUGAUUUUGGAGCUAGUGCUCCUAGCUACUUUGACUGGAAAACAGUUGGCAACGCAGGGUUGGAUUUUUGGUUGGGUGAUUCAAAAAUCUAGCAUACUCUUGCCAGUUUCUCAACAUUAUCGACCCUACCUUUAUAGGUGUUAAAUGGGAGAUUUGGAGCAUUGCUAUUGUCUCCCUAUGGCUCUCAGCAUGGCGAUGGCUGAGCUGCCGGCUAACAGCUCUAACAGGGCAAACUACAGUGUUGACAGAGCUAACAGUAUUUACCUGAGGUGGAAGCGGAAGGGUAGGCACUAUGCUUUUGCAAUGACGCUGUCCGCUAUAACUGCUGUAUGAGUGCAGUGCAUUGUGGCGGGUGUGAGCUAGUGGGGCACACUCACGUGCACUUAAAGCAUGCGUGGCCGGCCCGGCUAUGUCAACAAAGUAAGAAGAAGCUUACACGUAAAUAGACAUUAUGUCACUAUAUCUUGACAGAGCAAACAGUUGUUUGAUGCUAUUUAAUUCUCCGAAU